AUGGGUAAGAAGGCCGUUCACUUUGGCGCCGGCAACAUUGAUCAGUAUGCUGACCAGGUCAUCUUUCCUCGAUGCGUAGGCCGUGGCUUCGUUGCCUGCUUCCUCCACAACUCUGACUAUGAGGUCAUCUUCGCCGAUGUCGUCGAGCCCCUUGUCAAGUCCAUCAAUGAGAACUCCUCGUACAAGGUUAUUGAGGUUGGCGUUGAGGGCACCGAGGAACUCACCAUUACCAACUACCGCGCCAUCAACUCGCGCUCCGAUGAGGAGGCUCUCGUCAAUGAAAUCGCGACUGCCGAUGUCGUGACAUGCUCCGUUGGCCCCACCAUCCUCAAGUUCAUCGCCCCUCCCAUUGCCAAGGGUAUUGACAAGCGUUCCUCUGACCUUCCUCCCCUCGCCGUCAUUGCCUGCGAGAAUGCCAUUGGCGCCACCGAUACCCUUGCCGGCUUUAUCAAGCAGAAUGCCAAGGAACCUGAUCACGAUAAGCGUGCUCGCUAUGCCAACUCGGCUAUUGAUCGCAUUGUACCCGCUCAGGACCCCAACGCUGGUCUUAGCGUUAAGCUCGAGAAGUUUUACGAGUGGGUCGGUAUCCAGUGGGUUGACAACCUCGAGCCCUACAUUGAGCGCAAGCUCUACACUGUGAACACUGGUCAUGCUACUGCUGCCUACCACGGCUAUAGCCGCGGCAAGGCCACCGUUGACCAGGCUCUUGAGGAUGAGUUCAUCCUGGGCCAGGUCCGCAAGGCUCUUGCGGAGACUACCGAACUCAUCGUGUCCAAGCACGGAAUCGCUCUUGACGCUCAGAAGGCAUAUGCCGAGAAGAUCAUCACCCGUAUCAGCAACCCUCACCUUGCUGAUGCUGUCGAGCGUGUCGGCCGUGCUCCUCUGAGGAAGCUUAGCCGCAAGGAGCGCUUCAUUGGGCCCGCUUCGCAACUUGCUGAGCUUGGCAAGGAUGUCACUGCCCUAGUUGAUGCCGCAGAGCAGGCCUUCCGAUUCCAGAACAUUGAAGGCGACGAGGAGAGUGCCGAGCUUGCCAAGAUUCUUGCUGAGAACUCGGCCGACGAGGUUGUGAAGAAGGUCACUGGACUUUCUGAGACUGAUAAGCUAUACCCCAAGAUUCUCGAGGUUGUCCAGAAGGUGAAGGGACAACGUUAUGACCCACUUUACAUCAAGAUGCGCCUCGACGUCAAGCGGCAACUAUUUGCCCGAAGCGAACGGGUGAAGGGGAUUGACUUCCACCCUCACGAGCCAUGGAUCCUUACGACCCUCUAUAACGGCCAGGCCUAUAUCUGGUCAUACGAAACGCAGCAAGUCGUGAAGACUUUCGAGCUGACCGAUGUUCCUGUCCGAGCUGGUCGCUUUGUUGCGCGGAAGAACUGGAUCGUGUGUGGUUCGGACGACUUUCAGGUUCGGGUUUAUAACUACAAUACUUCGGAAAAGAUCACUGCCUUCGAGGCCCACCCCGAUUAUAUUCGAGCCAUUGUCGUCCAUCCCACGCAGCCCUUCAUCCUUACCGCCUCCGAUGACAUGACGAUCAAGCUGUGGGAUUGGGAGAAGGGCUGGAAGUGUGUUCAGGUAUUCGAAGGACACGGUCAUUAUGUCAUGGGCCUAGCAAUCAACCCCAAGGACACCAAUACCUUUGCCUCUGCGUGUCUCGAUCGAACGGUCAAAAUAUGGAGCCUCGGCUCGCCGACUGCCAACUUCACGCUCGAGGCCCACGAUACCAAGGGGGUCAACCAUGUCGACUACUACCCCUUCCCCGACAAGCCUUACCUCCUCACCUCCUCCGACGAUAGGACCGUUAAGAUUUGGGACUACACCACCAAGUCGUUGAUCGCCACCCUCGAGGGCCAUACCAACAAUGACGGCACCAUUCGUAUCUGGCACGCCAACACGUACCGUUUCGAGCAAUCUCUGAACUAUGGCCUCGAGCGUGCGUGGUGUGUGUCGUACCAGAAGGGCCAGCAGGGCAUCGCCGUCGGCUUUGACGACGGCGCUGUUGUCAUUAAGAUGGGUAGAGAGGAGCCUGCCGUGUCUAUGGACGGCUCAGGCAAGCUCAUCUGGGCACGCCACAACGAGGUCAUCUCCGCGAUCAUCAAGGGCGGUGAUGCUUCUAUCAAGGACAAUACCCCCAUCAGCCUGCCUGUCAAGGAGCUCGGCACCUGCGAAGUUUACCCGCAAACCCUCAUUCACUCGCCCAACGGGCGCUUCACUGCCGUUUGCGGUGACGGCGAAUACAUCAUCUACACCAGUCUCGCAUGGAGGAACAAGGCCUUCGGCUCUGCCCUUGAUUUCGUCUGGGCCUCGAAAGAGAACAGCAAUGAUUUUGCCAUCCGCGAGUCAGCUACGAGCGUAAAGGUCUACAAGAAUUUCACCGAGAAGCAAGGCGGACUUGACGUUGGAUUCCAUGCCGACGGCCUCACUGGAGGCACCCUCCUCGGUGUGACGGGCCAAGGCGGUGUAUCCUUCUUUGACUGGAAUACUGGGGCCCUCGUCCGAAGGAUCGAAGUCGAGCCCAAGCAGGUCUACUGGUCGGACAAUGGCGAAUUGGUUGCUAUUGCUUGCGAAGACACUUUCUACGUGCUCCGAUUCUCUCGCGAAAACUUUGUCGAGGCGGUACAGUCAGGCCAGGUUGAAGAGGACGGCGUUGAGGCCGCUUUCGAGGUCAUCACCGAUAUCAACGAGAGUGUCCGCACCGGUGAAUGGAUCGGAGCCGUCUUCGUUUAUACGAAUGCGACCAACCGACUCAACUACCUUGUGGGAGACCAAACCUACACGAUAUCCCACUUUGACACGCCCAUGUACAUUUUGGGUUUCAUCCAGCGCGACGAGAGGAUUUACCUGGCCGACAAGGACGUCAACGUCACAUCGUUUGCCCUUUCGCUGCCCGUCCUGGAGUACCAGACACUUGUGCUCCAGGAGGAGAUGGAGACGGCACAGGAGCUUCUGGCCAACAUCCCGGCGGACCAACUGAACAAGGUUGCCCGAUUCCUCGAGGGUCAAGGUCACAAGGAACUUGCACUCGAAGUUGCGACGGACCCAGAGCACAGGUUUGAGCUUGCCCUGGCCCUCAAUCAACUCGAGGUUGCCCUCGAGUUGGCCAAGGAAGCCGACGUGGAGCACAAAUGGAAGACGGUGGGAGAUGCAGCGUUAGCGGGGUGGGAUGUGGCUCUCGCGGCCAAGUGCUUUACCCAAGCCAGAGAUAUUGGCUCCCUCCUCCUUCUUCACUCUUCUACGGGCGAUAGGGAGGGCCUUGCCGCCCUCGCCAAGCAGGCGGAAGAGGCAAGCGCGCACAAUGUGGCAUUCAGCUGCCACUGGAUGCUUGGUGACGUUGACGCGUGUGUGGAUAUCCUUACCAAGACAGGCAGGCAUGCGGAAGCGGUUCUUUUCUCGCAAACGUACAAGCCGAGCACUACGCGGCCGCUGGUAGACGGGUGGAAGGAGAGUCUCGAAAAGGGCAAGAAGGGACGAGUUGCUAAGAUUCUUGCAGUGCCUGGGGAGGAUGACGAGCUCUUCCCUGAGUGGGAUGAGUGGCUGAAGCUGGAGAGUGAGGGAAAGUCGGCGGACGCGGCUGUUUCGACCAGUAAUGGAGACGAAGCUGGUUCUGAGGAGCAAGCAGAAGCAGAGGAGGAAGAAUGA